ACAAGACGUCAGCUUCAUUAUUCAACGCGGUUACUCGAUGCGAACGACGGCAACAAAAAAAAAAAAGACUCGACGAGCGCGAGGCAAGCAGCGUGCGUUUUCGUUUCCUCGAUUGCGUCACACCGCCGGCUGGCUACGAUCUCGACGGUCCAGCGAACGUGCACUAAAUGCGCGCGCGCAUAUUUAGACUCGCGUACACGUGAAAUCGCGACAAAUUGAUCGAUCUCGCGCGAUGCGCUUUUUUUUCGUCGUCCUUCGAUAACGUCCUUUCCGGCGUAUCUUCUUGGCGCUCGGCGACGACCAUGAUGACGACGUUAAUGACGACAAUUUCACGGCGGCCGGCUAAUUGCGCGCGUACGGCGCGAUGAUUCGCAAAUGCCCCUCGGCGCAACGAGGUGAGAUCCCAUUUCCGAAGCCGCGCGGCGCUCGCUGUCGUCACGCGGCGGAGAAAGUCAGUUUUCUCGCUGCGCGGCGCCCAGGGAAUAACAUAACGCGCGCGUGCGUGUCGCGUGGGAAAGUCGCUGAAAUUCGGCUCGCUCGCUAAUGAGCAGGCGUCGAGCGCUAGCACAACGACGAUCGUGGGUGCGCAAAACGCAGUUUCGGCUUUUCCUGCGCGCCGAGGAGGUCGGGGUCGACGCGAUUGAAAGUCAAAUGUUAUUGAGCGCUGUCAGCGUGGCGACAUCACCGCAUCAGUGACGAGCAUGGUUCUUCUCCUCGUAUUUCGCGGACGCUUUUUUUUUUUCGAAUACUUACUCACAGCUGGUACACGGCCAGUCGUGCAGAUGCAUAAUCGGGCGACGGGUUUUUACGCGCGAGCGAGGCGCGAGUCUCCGCAAGUCAGUUCGAGAGCUGCACUCGCGCGGCCCGCAGCGCACUUUCGGUGAUCCGUCCGUGCAGCGAACACUUGCGAAACUCAAAGUCGCACAAUCGAAGCGAUUUUGGCAAGUGAUUCUAGUUCUAAAGUUCAAAGAUGCGGCAUAGAGUCCGCGAGUAAGCCCAAGCUAUUUCGGGUGAAAAGCAGCGCUUCUUGGCAGCGCGAGGCCCAAGAAGCUCUCGUCUGCUGCGAGCCCGCGAGUAAAAUAAGCCGUUGGCGCGCGCGCGCGCGCUUAGUCACGAGCUGACUGGUCGAGCGCUGCAGACGAUAAAGGAUGAGCGAGAGGAAGCGUACCGUGAUACUGCACAAACGGCCGCAGGACGACGGGUCGGGAGCCGCGACCUCCUCCGGAUCGCCGCCGCCUCGCAGGAGCCGAAAGGCCAACUACAGAGCCGACGAGCGAAUCCUCGAUAGGGCUGUGGUCGUGCCGCCGCCGCGCAUAAUGCAGCACCUAGCGCCGAGAUCUUCGCAAGCACCGAUGACGUCGCUCGACGAUAAUCCGAAGCGCGCCCGGCCGAGGCAGAGCAACAGCAGCAGCAUGGCCGACAGAGCCGAGCAAAGCAGACGAGGCCGAGAGAGGGUCCAGGACCUGAAGCUUGACAGGGACAAGGAGGAAGAGGACGACGACGACAUGGGCAGAGCAGUGCAGGUCAUCCACGUUCAUCCGGAUCACAGUUUCGAGCUGGACGAGGAGGCCCUGGCGAAGAUUCUGCUGUCGGAAGACGUGCGCGAGCGUAGCGUGGUCGUGGUCUCGGUGGCAGGAGCUUUCCGCAAGGGCAAGAGCUUCCUGCUGGACUUUUUCCUGCGCUACAUGAACAGUCGCUACGGCAACGGCACCGGCAGCAACGAGCGACAUACGAGCAACGAGGACGACUGGCUGGGAGGCGAGCACGACCCGCUCAGCGGAUUCUCGUGGCGAGGCGGCAGCGAGCGCGACACCACCGGCAUUCUAGUGUGGUCGAGGGUGUUCCCGGCCACGCUGCCGAAUGGCGAGCACGUGGCCGUGCUGCUGAUGGACACGCAAGGCGCCUUCGACAGUCAGUCGACGGUUCGGGACUGCGCCACGGUGUUCGCGCUCAGCACGAUGCUGUCGUCCGUGCAGAUUUACAACCUGUCGCAGAACAUCCAGGAGGACGACUUGCAGCAUCUUCAGCUGUUCACCGAGUAUGGCAGGCUCGCUCUAGAACGCUCGGGCAGCACGCCAUUCCAGCGACUGCAGUUCCUCGUGCGCGACUGGAGCUAUCCCUACGAGGCGGCUUACGGUGCCGAAGGCGGCAAGAAGAUCCUCGAGAGGCGUCUGCAGAUCUCGGACGCGCAGCAUCCCGAGCUGCAGAGCUUGCGCAAGCACAUCGCGUCGUGCUUCAGCGAGAUCUCCUGCUUCCUCAUGCCGCAUCCGGGAUUGACGAUCGCCACCAAUCCCAAGUUCGACGGACGUCUCGCCGAGAUCGAGAGCGAGUUCAAGGAGCAGCUGCGACGCCUCAUUCCCAUGCUGCUCGCCCCCGAGAAUCUCGUCACCAAAAAGAUCAACGGCCAAGUGGUGAAAGCUCGCGAGCUCCUCGAGUACUUCAAGAGUUAUAUCAAGAUUUAUAAGGGAGACGAGUUACCCGAGCCCAAGAGUAUGCUCGUUGCUACUGCCGAGGCUAACAAUCUCUCAGCCGUUGCUGAGGCCAAGGAUCUCUAUCUCAGCAUGAUGGAGUGUGUGUGCGGCGGGACCAAGCCAUUCCUUGCCACUGCUCACCUCGAGUCCGAGCACCACCGUUGCGUGGACAAAGCUCUGCAUCAAUUCCAGAAUAAAAGAAAAAUGGGUGGAGAGGAGUUUAGCCAAAUGUACAUGGAGAAGCUGCAAAAGGACAUAGAAGACUCUUUUCAACAGUUCAAAGCGCACAAUGAGAGCAAAAACAUUUUCAAAGCUGGACGGACUCCCGCGGUGUUUGUGGUUAUAGCUGUGGCAACCUACAUAGCUUCCGGGAUACUUGGUCUGGUUGGUCUUUACACCUUGUCUUAUAUCUGUAACCUCAUUAUGGGUAUCGCCCUACUCACACUUGUACUCUGGUCAUAUAUUCGGUAUAGCGGAGAAUUUCGUGAAUUGGGAACCACUAUCGACGAUCUAGCUACUAUGAUAUGGGAAAAUUUAAUGAAACCAGUGUAUCAGCAGUUUGUGGAAAAAUCUGUACAUGUGGCAGUAGUACAAGCUGCUGAAAUAGCUACAAAUGCAACAAUGGGUGCCAGUGUUACUGCCAAUGGUAAACCGAAGUUGUCGUAAUGUUUACUCUCUGGAUGGUGUCAAAAAUUUACAAAAGAACAAAAUACAACGGUAUUAAAAGUGAAUAUCGUGUCCCUUGAAUAGGUAUAUUUGAUUAAGAUCAUAAAAAUGUGAAAAAAUAAGUUAGAAAAAGUUAGAUUUGGAACUGUUGGUAAUUUUGCCACCAUUUUCAGAUACAUUUAGCUCAGCUAUCAAGAUUUGGACGUUUGUACAGUAAAUUAGGAAUCAGUGUUAGGUUGUUAUAAAUUUUUGAAUACCAACUACAAUAAUUUGUAUAUCAUCUUGUUAUCAAAACACAUCUUAAUACUAAGGAAUAAUAUUAGCAGAAAAGUAUGAAUUCGAGUCUAUUUUUUCUAUUCUUUUUACUGGCAUCAGAGCUUUCCAAACGUGUCUCAAAUGUUCAGGAUGCUAGCAUGAUGUUUCAUAUUUUCAUUUGGUAGCUUUCAAUUUUUAUUGUACAUUUCUAUACUGAUACUGCUGUCUUUUUACAUCAUAGAAUUGCAUAAACUUUUUUCUUUAUUUGCUAAUCACAAUCUGAGUCGCUAUGUUAUAAAUUUUUCCAACAAAAUCUAAUUAAACUUUAUACUGAUAAAUAUCCUAUGAUUUCAUAUGCCCAUUAUUAUAGUUGAACAGAUUAUGAUUUUUCAUCGACUUGUUCAAAUAUGCCAUAGCGCUGAUGAUGAUAUAUUAUUUUAAUCGACAUUCAUAAAAUUAUAUCAAAAGAUCUUGCCAUUUAAAUAAUUAUUAUAGCUGUCAAAUAUUUUCAUCAAAUAUUCUAAGUUUAAAACGAAAUCAAAAAGGAUAAAUAAUAUAUGUCCUUUUAUAUUAAAACGCGGCUCGCUUUAUAUAUAAAAAUUCACCUAAUAUAGUCAUAUAAUUUUAAUAACGUUGAAUAGGUUUGCAAAUGUUAAUGUUAUUAAUUGGAUUGUCAGGUGAAGGUUUUGAUUAUUUAUGAUGAGUAAAAAAAUCUUAUUGUUAUACUGUUUCAUUAUUUAAUGUUAACUAAUGAAGUUGUCUUUUUUUUAAUCUAUUACUAAAUCUAAUAUAUUAAAAACAUUUUAAUAAAAAUUCAAACAUUGUAACUUUUUCUAUUUUUUUUUAUACGUUAUAAAUACCAUUUGUGAAAUUUAGAUGGUUAAUUUUGUAAUAAAAAGUAGAUCCCAAGGAA